AUAUCUCCAUCUAGAGAUAGCUUGUUUUGACCAGCCUGCAAGGCACCAUGGGAGGCAGGGGGCUUAACCCCAACUGGUAAGCAGCAGGGUUAUAAAAUGCAGCUCCCAGAGCAGAGCUAAACAACUUCAGAGGAUUACCAACAUUUGAAUCUAAAGCUCAGGGAGCCACUGUGACAAUUUUUCAGUAGCGAGCAGCGUUGAACUCCUCUCCUGCAAACAUGGUUCUGGUGGAUUCUGAUGUGGAAAUGAUUGUUGCUGAGAUUGAAGUCAGUGAACAUGAUGUGGAGACUCCUCAUGGAAGAAUUCGCUGUACAAUGAAGGGGGUUCCCAAGGGUGACAGACCAGUCAUCCUCACCUUCCAUGACAUUGGACUAAACCACAAAACUUGCUGGGACACUCUCUUCAACCAUGAGGACAUGUCAGAGAUCAUGCAGCACUUUGCUGUUUGUCACGUUGACGCCCCCGGGCAGCAUGAGGGAGCUAAUACCUUUUCCACUGGAUAUGAGUACCCUUCUAUGGACCAACUCUCUGAGACCCUCCCACUGGUGUUAAAGCACUUUGGGCUGAAGAGUGUUGUCGGAAUGGGCAUUGGAGCAGGGGCCUACAUUCUGACCAGAUUUGCUCUGGACUACCCGAACAUGGUGGAGGGGUUGUUGCUCAUCAAUAUCAACCCAUGUGCUGAGGGAUGGAUGGACUGGGCUGCACACAAGAUCAGCGGCUGGACCAAUGCCAUGCCUGACAUGAUCAUCACCCACCUCUUUGGAAAAGAGGAGAUCAACACCAACCAGGACCUAAUUGGAACAUACCGUCACCACAUCAUAAAUGACAUGAACCAGUUUAACCUGCAUCUCUUUGUCAAGUCCUACGAAAGUCGGAGGGAUCUGGAAAUUGAGAGGCCGAUCCCCGGAAGCAACGUCAGGACCCUCAAGUGCCAUAGUCUGCUUGUGGUUGGCGACAGCUCUCCUGCUGUGGAGGCUGUGGUUGAGUGCAACACCAAGCUGGAUCCAACAAAGACGACCCUGCUUAAGAUGGCUGACUGCGGAGGCAUGCCCCAGGUGGACCAGCCUGCCAAACUGACAGAAGCUUUCAAGUACUUCAUUCAGGGCAUGGGAUACAUGCCCUCUGCUGGCAUGACCCGCCUGGUUCGCUCCCGGACUGCCUCCAGCUCAAGCGUCACCUCCUUUGAGGGCAACCGCUCCCGCUCUCACACCAGCGAGGGAAACCGCUCCCGCUCGCACACAAACGAGGGCAGCCGCAGCCACACUGCAGACAACCAGCGCGGACGCUCCCACACGGAGGGCACGGCCAACAGCAACGUAGACCAAGCCGUGCCGAAGUCCACCCAAGUGUCCUGCUAAGUGAACCUUCACUCUCCAGGCACCCAAACCUCUCAAGGUCCCUUCGGGUUUUGCUGCGCUGCCUCUAACUGACACACACAUUACUACGCACAUACACACAAAUGGGGAGAGGGACAUUAAGAUAGCAUUCCUGGAAUUGUAAAAAUGCACAAUGGACACUCUCAUGCAGACUAUUUGAUGCAGCUGAGAUGCCCCAAUUUGAAAAUAAGAUGUCUUUUGAGUAGGAGGUCAGGGUCACUGUAUGUCUGUUUAGUCACUCUGAAGGACUCAAACAUAUCUGAACAGAAAAUGCUCCUGAGCUCCUUGGUCAGGUGAAUGUUUAGUUAGGGGCAACACAGCAUUUGGGAACACCGAAGCUGCGAAUGUUGGAGAAAGCUGUGGCUACAAGGACACCAGCUUGUUCAUGUAGCUCUCAUACGUAAUAUAAAAAAAAAGUUUAAAAAAAAAAGUAUUUCCAUCUCUGCGUUCCCUUAUCCCGGUUUUAUCCAUUUUUACCAUAUUGAUACAGCUUUCUUAAAUAUAACUGACUGUAAAUGACAGUUUUGUCUGUUCUAACUGUAAUUGUGUGAUCAUUUAUUCUUUAUCUUCCAUGUCUGAAGUGUUGUUGUUUGUGCAUUAGAGCAGAUUUGUAGAUGUUGGAAGAGAGCUGGAAAGAAGAGGUACUUGGAUAAAUGAAAAUGGCAGUUUUCCUCACAAAUUGCUAUGUAACAUUGAGGGAAAGACUUCCAGUAUAUCAUGUACAUACAGCGAAUAAUAUUGUUUCACCAUGCCAAUAUCUAUUAUCCUUGAGUUUUUUUUCUUU